GCUCCCAGCAGAUCACUCAGCAGGACGAUGCAAGCCCUAAGCUCCCUGGCUCCUUCUGGCACCCGGUAACACGCUACUGCCACUCUAGCCGCACGGCCUACUCUCCAGGGCCCAAGAUGUCUUCUGGGGCCCUGUGGGUGGCCCUGCUCGUACCAUCCCUGCUGGCCUGCCCCUUGCAAGGGAGGCCAUUGCAGAGUGGAUGGCAGGCAUUGCCAGGGGAGCCUGGCAGUGGUCGGCAGGAGGGCACCGUGGACCUAACAGUGCUUCUGGAAAACAUGAAGGUGGAUUUCUUGCACAGCCUCAACCUGAGCAGCGUCCCCUCCCAAGACAAGACCAAGCUGGAGCCACCGCAGUACAUGAUUGACCUGUAUUACAGGUACACCUCUGACAAGUCAUCCACCCCAGCCUCCAACAUCGUGCGCAGCUUCAGUGUGGAAGAUGUCAUCUCGACAGCUGCUACUGAUGCCUUCCCCUUCCAGAAACACAUCUUGCUCUUUAACAUCUCCAUCCCUAGGCAUGAGCAGAUCACCAGAGCAGAGCUGCGUCUCUACGUCUCCUGUCAAAACAAUGUGGACACUUUCCAUGGGCUGGAAGGAAAGAUGGUCAUCUAUGAUGUCCUGGAUGGAGAAGGCACCUGGCGUGGUGCCUCAGGGACCAGGACCUUCCUGGUGUCCCAGGACAUUCGGGGAGAGGGCUGGGAGACCUUGGAAGUGUCCAGUGCUGUGAAGCGGUGGGUGAGAGCAGACUCCUCCAAGAGCAAAAAUAAGCUGGAAGUGAUGGUAGAGAGCUGCAGGAAGGGCUGUGAAACACUGGACAUCAGUGUCCCCCCGGGUUCCAAAAACCUUCCCUUCUUCGUCGUCUUCUCCAAUGACCGCAGUAAUGGAACCAAGGAGACCAGAAUGGAACUCAGGGAGAUGAUUGGCCAUGAGCAGGAAAGUGUGCUCAAAAAGACACCCAGGAGCAGCUAUGGGGAGUCAAUCGAGGGCCAUGGUGAGGAAGAGGAAGAAAUAGAUGAGGAAGAGGUCAUGACAGGCCACAUAACCUUGGGGUCACUGUUAGCCAGACACAAGAGGAGCGUUGGGGCUGGCAGCUACUGUCAGAAGACUUCCCUGCGGGUGAAGUUCAAGGACAUCGGCUGGGACAGCUGGAUUAUUGCACCCAAGGAAUACGACGCCUAUGAGUGUAAAGGCGGCUGUUUCUUCCCUCUAAGCGACGACCUGACACCAACAAAACAUGCCAUUGUGCAGACCCUGGUGCACCUGAAGCACCCAAAGAAGGUGGGCAAGGCCUGCUGUGUGCCCACCAAACUGAGCCCUAUCUCCAUCCUGUAUAAGGAUGAUGUGGGAGUACCCACCCUCAAGUACCAGUACGAGGGGAUGAGUGUGGCUGAGUGUGGGUGCAGGUAGUACCUGCGAGGAAUGGAGAAGUCAGGGGUCCUAGUGAGGGGCCCUGCACCACUGGGCACAGCAGGGACUAAGUGGCUCUGCAGGCCAGCCUGGAAAAAGGAAGGGAAGCGGCUGUCCCUCUAUGACCCUGCUCACACUCUGGGGUGCCACUCCUGACGAAGAGGACAGUGGAGGCUUGUGGGUAUGGGCAGAGUAGGAGAGCAGGGUGAGCAUGAGGACCUUUGAUUUACAGACACAGAGACCAAAACCCAGCAGGCCAGUGAGCACUCAUGGGCAGGUUCAUUCUUACCCAGGUCCGUGUGGCACUAAGUCCUGGACCUUCCCAUGGCCCCAUGAUUGUCAGCCAGUCACUCUGUAUAUAGAGCCACUGGCACUGGGAGGGCAGAGAGCUGGGCCAGGCUUGUCACAUCCAGGCUGCUCCUUUAAGUCUUCUUUCUGUGGCCAAGAGCUUUCCAGUAUCCACCCCGAGUCACUGAAAAGCUGUUCCUACACCCCGCUGUGGGCUGCAUAGGGCGCCUUCAUGACAGCAGCCCUUUACGUGCCCUGUGACAGGGCCACUGUGACUCUGGUGCCAUGCACAGGUCAGGGGUUCAUAGAGGGCCACUUGAGGUCCCUGGACUGCACUCUCUGAAGUCUGUGGGGGACAGCUGGAGUCCUACACCUCUGUGGGGACCUAACUCAGCAUGAUCAGUUAUACUCAUUUGACCCUUACUCAAAGAUGUAGAGGGCAGGGCAAGAUUUGAAUUUGUGGGAUUUAAAUAUGCUCUUAAUUUGAUAUUUGAAAUGUCCCUAUUUUUAUUCCUCGAAGACAUGCAAUCAAGUGAUAAGAUGCCCAGCUUUCUGGGCCAGAGCUGCCAAAUCCUGUCAGCAGCUGUUCACAGGUUUCUGGAGUAACAUGGAUUCUGUCCCUGCAUUUUCCAUCUGUUCUGUGUACCCUCCUCUUCUCUGACCCUCCUGACACACAUGGUGUCACAGCGUGAGGAAGAGGCAGAGGGCAGGUAAGGGCCCCCCACCUCUGGCACAGCAGGCCCCUCCCUGUAGAAGCCCCCCCAUAGGAAGAAAAAAAAAUCACUGUGUUAAAUGUUUACGUGGAAUCAAUGAGCAACUUUAACACAAAAAUACAAUGAGGCGUGGAGUUCAAAUACUGGAGUUGGAGAAAGUGUGGAAUUCCUGGUUUUUGCUAGGCAGUGUGGUAGAAGAGGUCUGUUCCUGGUGGUCUUCGUCGGGUCCUGGAGGUGUGUUUCUGUGUCUUGUGAAGCUUCACUUGGGAAUAAAGUCAAAUGUCUGAAGUGAGGCCUUCCUUGAAUAUUAAACCAGAGGGUGAGGGUGCCCUGCCCAUACUCUGCCCCAAGGACCUGCUGGCAGUGUGCACAGUGGGCUAAGCAGACAAGAUUGCACACAAGCAGAUGUAGAUGUGAGUGGCUGUGCGAGGAGGGCUAGCUGUGUCCACCUCCCUUUACCUCUGAAUGUGUCUGAGGGCAGCUGGGCUCUCAUUAGGGCACAGAAAUAGCCGCAAGAAACCCCUGCAGAGUCCAGGCCUCCAGCCCGCUCGACCAUGCCCUGCACUAGAACCACUCUCUAUCCUCUGACCCCAUCCACCCCACCCCAGCCAGUGUUGGUGGGGGGCCUUGAGCUCAGGGCACUACCCAUUCCCAGGUCUGCCCUCCUGGUCCUGCUUGGCAGAGGGUACAGGGCAUUAUGCAGCUGUCACGGGCCUGGCACAAGGAGCUGCCACCUUGUCUCCUGUGCUACUGUUGCUAUGGGCUCCCAGGACACACUGAAGGAGUCACAUGUGGAGGGUGGAGCACAAAAGAAGAGACCCAGGAGACCUGAGGGCUCCCUGCCGCCCCUCUGACUCCCCCAUCAGCCACCUCCUCACCCGGGUCCAAGGUUGGGGUAGG